GCUCAUCAGCUGGCUGGAUACACUACCUCAGUCUGUCUAGAAUCAUUCUCCUUCUAGCACCCGUACUGGUUUUCAGACCUUACCGUUAAGGGGUGAUGGAUAAGUGUCUUUUUACAUGUGUGUGUAUUGUAAGGAAGAAUUCUUAAAGCCGAUAUUUAUUCAGUAGAUACGAAAAAUCCACAAAGCUUUCUGAAUAUAAGGUGUAAGAGUAGCACCUAUGGACAUUGUGGAAAUAAACUAUUACUAUUGAUAUUACUAUAAACUUUGGUGACUGACUGGUAAAUACAGUCAUUACGAAAUAUACAAGUGAAGGGCGAAUUAGAGGCUAGUGCAGACUUAAUAUUGACCAAUUACAAGAUGUGGAGAAACAGCUAUGUGUGUGUGGUAGUGAUAGUGGGGAUGGUGUGGGCAGUGAGUGGUGAGGUUAACUCUAUUCACACACACUCAGACUAUAAUAUUAACAGCGGCAAUGCGCGCCUCAGAGAAAUCCAAACGAGGUUCUUAGACGUGAUAGGUAACUCCACGUCUUCCAUGUUCACUAUAAGUGAACUGAUGUCUCUACUGUACACUGACACGGGCGGGGAGCUGGGAAAACUCCUGCUAGAGGGUGUCAUGCUGGGGGUGCAGGAGAAAGACGCCAUCACACUCCUAACUCAUUUCUGGGCGGAAUUACAACUGAGACUCUCUCCUGUGUUGAUGGAGACUCUAAAUGAUUACCGUGACUUCUUUGCUGGUAUGGACAUAACGACGCUACCAUUGGUGUGGGAGCAAUUAUUUCGAAAGGAUGAACUGGGUAACAGUCUAGCGGAAGUGCCGUUGGGUCAGCUUAUAGACAUGAUACAACCCUCUGCUUCUAAGUACGGGGUCGAUAUCCGUGCCUUCGUUAAUUCCCUCAUGGGCAAGGGAGACAACAACGCUAGGGAUCUUAUAUUCACAAUCAUCAAUAAUCUGGACGUAUCAUCAAUGGUGAAUUCUUUCUUAAAUUCCACAUCAAGUCCCACAGCAGUUCAGGCGAAAAAGACUGAUCACAGCACAAUUGUUAAACCUCGUCCAAGUAAUGAGGAAAAAACAAAAAAGGAGAAAGACAAAAUUCUACAGCUGUUCAAGCCGCUGGUGGCAUCCCUCUUGCGUGAGAACAACGUGGACCUUGAUGUUGAUGCAGUGUUGAAGGUGUUGUCACCGUUACUCUCCGUGGAUAUGAUGGCCCAAGCCGCCCCCCUCCUAACCAUGCUCGGUUCCCAAGCUGGAGAAGGAAUUGCUCCCGUCAUUGCUAGCAUAUUAGGGGGAGGAGACGAUCGGAAAAAACAGCAACAAAUGGGCGGUCUUCUAGGAGGAUUAGGUACAUUGUUGGCAGGUGGAGGCAAGAACAAUAUGGACCUUGAUGUUAUGAUGAAUAUUGCCUCUGUAUUCAUGAACAGUGGAAAGCCUUCUAAGAACAAAAAAAGAGACAAAAAAGAAAAAUCCAGUAACAGUGGUUUUAAUAUGGACUUACUGAUGAACCUUGCAGGUAAUCUAGCAGCAAAAAAUGAUAUUAACCUAGGUUCCAUUUUGGCCGCUACAUCCAGUUUUCUCGCCCCUGACAUAAAAAAGGAAAAACAAAUGGAUAUGAAGAAAAUGCAGCAAAGCAUACAAGUGUCAACUGGAGAGAAGCAAAAGACAGCAAAAGAAACAGUUAACGACUCCCAGCUUAAUGAAAAACCUAAAGCCAUUCAUAAGCCAAAUACCACAUUAAGGAAAAAUAAAUCCAAGAAUCUCAUAGACGUUAUCGAGCCAAUUCUGCUGUUGAUGCAGACUGACAAGAAAUGUAAUAGCAAGAUUAAGGAUGCUAUCUCAUUGAGCAAGUCGAUGUUGAACAACAAGAUUUCCGGCAUGGGAGACGUAAGCCAACUGCUGCCUUACAUCAUAUCCUCACUGGUGGGUGGUGACACUGAAGGUCUCGGUAUGGACAGUAUGUUAGCUACCAUGAAGCAAGCCAUGGCUUAUGCAAGUUGGGACGAUUUUCUUCAGAAAUUAAACAACGAGGAUUACCGGGAAUCUCUCAUACUAAACAUCACUCCAUAUUUAUCAGAGUUGCUAGCUCUUCUUGCCACACAAGAUGUCCAGAACAGACUGUACGAUGUUGCCGUUCCAAAGAUAGAGACCUUCCUCACCUCGUACGGUCUGCCUGGCGUCACCCUCAACAACUUCCCAGAGCGUGUUGCCCCCCUUGUGGGCAUGCUGGGUAAAAGUUGGAACCUCCCUUUCAAACCUACCAUCAUCCUGGUGCCACUCAGGGAUUACUUGAAGGGUCUUCAGUCUUGGGCGGGGACUGGCCUCGCACACAUUCGCACCCUCUCCACACGACACGUGGAGGCGGAGGUGAAAGCGUCGCUGAAUGAAGUGUUUGAGGCGGUGGUGGAGGUGGCUGCCACGACGCGGGGGGCGACGCCCAGCUGUCUACCCCAGCUGCUGUGUCGACGCAACUCAGGUUUCAAACCUGACUCCCUGAGGGCAGCUGUUACCCGCGCAGUCAGCGUGUUCUUAGCCUCGGGUCCUCUGCUAGAGCAGUCAGAUUCAACGCUGUUAGUGCUAACUAUACAAGCAAUAUCUGGUAGCUACGACCACUGUGAGGAGGCAUUUCCAGGAGACUGUAUCUAUGAAACUCAGGAUGAUGAUGACGACGAUGAUAUGAACCUCGACUACGAACACCAAGAAUUAUAACAACAUUUGCGCUGUGUGUAAUUGUUCAAGAGUGUGGAAUCAGUUGAAACUCAUGUUAUAACACAUUCUUGUAAACAAACUCAGUACAGAAAGGACAAACGUGGUUGGCAUUUGCCACUUUCCUGCAUACAUGGAUGGGGUGGACACGACCAAUAACUCUGCCCAAGAAAACUUAAG